GCUCUAAAGCACACCACACUUCCCUCAGAAGUACAUGUGUUUCUAAAAAUCUUUUGAAAUCAAGAGGAGAAAAACGAAGACGAGAAGAGAUGCGGGCAUACGUAGGGCCGGGAACGACGACCGGGAGGUGGCUGGGAUUGGUCACGGCGGUGUGGGUGCAGUGCAUCUCCGGCAACAACUACACCUUCUCCAACUACUCCGACGCCAUCAAGAACCUCAUGGGUCUCACCCAGCUCCAGCUCAACAACCUCUCCGUCGCCAAGGACGUCGGCAAGGCCUUCGGCCUUCUUGCCGGCCUUGCUUCAGACCGCGUCCCUACGUCGAUCCUCCUCUUGAUCGGCUCCGUUGAAGGACUCAUCGGUUAUGGCGCGCAAUGGCUUGUCGUCCGUGAGACCAUUGCCCCUCCGCCAUACUGGCAGAUGUGUGUGUACCUGUGUUUGGGUGGGAAUAGCACAACGUGGAUGAACACGGCGGUGCUGGUGACGUGCAUACGCAACUUCCGGCAAAAUCGAGGUCCGGUGUCAGGCCUUCUCAAGGGUUUCGUCGGUCUCAGCACCGCCAUCUUCACCGAUCUCUGUUCCGCACUUUUCGCCGACGAUCCGGCGAAGUUCCUUCUUAUGCUGGCCAUCGUCCCCUUCGCCGUGUGUUGCACGGCUAUGCUCUUCCUCCGUGAGUCCCCACCUUCCGUCUCGCCGUCGCCGGCCGCGAAAGAGGACGACGAGACCGAGACCAAGUACUUCAACAUCAUCAACGCUUUUGCUGUGGUGGUCGCCGUCUACCUCCUCUCCUUCGACAUGACUGGCGAGCACGGGCAGCUCCUUUCCAGGGCCUUCUCCAUCGUGCUAAUCAUCCUUCUCGCGCUUCCCGUGGCGAUCCCGAUCUAUAUCUGGUUCAAGGAAGCGAUAUCCAGAGCAAACCGCGCGCCAGAGCUCGAUCUCCAGGUUCGGAUCGAGGAGCCAUUGCUAAUCGAGAAGGAGAACGAGGAGGGAACGGAGAAGGCGGUGAUCAUUCCGGAAGGUGAUGAGAAAAGGCAACCGUCCAUCGGUGAGGAACACACGAUUUUCGAGGCAUUGAGGACCGUCGAUUUCUGGAUCCUCUUUGUGUCGUUCUUGUGUGGAGUGGGGACUGGGUUGGCAGUGAUGAACAACAUGGCCCAUAUGGGCCUUGCCGUGGGCUACGAUGACGUGUCCAUCUUCGUCUCUCUGACUUCCAUUUGGGGCUUCUUCGGUCGCAUCGCCUCCGGCUCCAUCUCGGAGUACUUCCUCAAGAAAAGCGCAACACCGCGAGCAAUAUGGAACGCGGCCUCACAAAUCUUGAUGGCAAUGGGAUACAUAGUAAUGGCCAUAGCCCCACCUGGAUCCCUCUACAUCGGCUCUAUUGUUGUCGGCUUAUGCUACGGUGUCCGGCUCUCCAUCACUGUCCCCAUGGCAUCUGAACUAUUUGGUCUCAAAUCCUAUGGUCUAAUCUACAACAUGAUCAUCCUCAACCUACCUCUCGGUUCCUUCCUCUUCUCCGGCCUCUUGGCCGGGUACUUAUACGAUGCUCAUGCAACCAAGAGUGCAUCUGGAGCAAAUACUUGCAUUGGUGCUCAUUGCUAUCGUCUUGUGUUUGUGAUUAUGGCCAUUGCAUGUGUGGUUGGGUUUGGUCUUGAUUUGAUUCUUGCUUUCCGAACUAAGAAGCUCUACAGGAGGAUUCACUCAAGCAAGGUCAAGAAGGCUUUGCAGCAGCCUAUCAAGUGCUGAGUUCAAUUCUGAUCCUCUGUUGCAUGAGUGUAGCAUAUGGUUAUUCUUUUUGCUGUAUUGUAUGCCAGUAUCAUUUAAAUGAUUUCAUUUUUAAGGAAAUCAUUUUGCUGUGUUGUAGUAUGAACUUCAAAAUCAUUGAAGGACUACAUUUUUUUUUUUCUAUGUCAA